AUGUCUCUGUCAACCAAGCUUGCUAUUACGGAUGUCGAUCUCACGGACAAGCGCGUGCUGAUGCGCGUGGACUUUAACGUGCCCUUGGACGGCGACAGGAUCACGAACAACCAGCGCAUUGUGGCCGCCUUGCCGACCAUCAAGUACGCUCUCGAGCACAAGGCCAAGGCCGUGGUGCUCAUGUCGCACCUGGGCCGCCCUGAGGGCCAAAAGCAGGACAAGUUUUCGCUCAAGCCUGUGGUGCCUGAGCUCAGCCGCCUGCUCAACAAGGACGUGCAGUUCCUGCCUGACUGCGUCGGCCCUGAGGUCGAGAAGGCCGUGAACGCUGCUACUGGCGGAGCCGUCAUCCUGCUCGAGAACGUGCGCUUCUACAUCGAGGAAGAGGGCAAGGGCAAGGAUGCCAACGGUGAGAAGGUCAAGGCUGACAAGGAUGCCGUGGCCAAGUUCCGCGCGAGCCUCACCAAGCUGGGUGACGUGUACGUGAACGAUGCCUUUGGAUCGGCUCACCGUGCGCACUCGUCGGUGGUGGGUGUGGAACUCCCGCAGCGUGCGUCUGGCUUCCUCAUGAAGAAGGAGCUGGACUUUUUCGCCAAGGCGCUCGAGUCGCCGGAGCGUCCGUUCCUGGCCAUCCUCGGUGGUGCCAAGAUUUCGGACAAGAUCCAGCUGAUCGAUAACAUGCUGGACAAGGUCAACAUGCUCAUUAUCGGCGGUGGUAUGGCCUUUACGUUCAAGAAGGUGCUCAACAACAUGAACAUUGGCAACUCGCUCUACGAUGAGGAGGGCGCGAAGAAGGUGAACGACCUCGUGGCCAAGGCCCAGCAGAACAAGGUCGAGCUGUUUUUGCCUGUGGACUUUGUGACGGCCGACAAGUUUGACAAGGAUGCCCAGGUCGGCGCGGCUACGGACGAAAGCGGCAUUCCUGACGGCUGGAUGGGUCUGGACAUUGGCGAGAAGAGCCGCGAGAUCUUCAAGGGCGCCGUGCUCAAGGCCAAGACGAUCUUGUGGAAUGGCCCGCCGGGUGUGUUUGAGUUUGACAACUUCGCCGGCGGCUCCCAGGCCGUCCUGCAGGCCUGCGUCGACGCCGAGAAGAACGGCAGCACGGUCAUUGUCGGUGGCGGUGACACGGCCACGGUCGUUGCCAAGUACGAUGCCCAGGAGCACAUUUCCCACGUCUCGACGGGCGGUGGUGCGAGUCUCGAGCUGCUCGAGGGCAAGGAGCUGCCUGGUGUAGCCGGUCUCAGCCAGAAGUAG